AUGUCUGGCCUUCUCAGGAGCGCGGCACAGCGGACUCUGCGGAAGGUGCUGCCCACUGUUUCUCGCCUGGGAUCUUCAGGUGUGUACGGGUCUACCUCGGUCGUGAACAGAAGACUGUCUCCUGCUCUGCCUUCAACCAGCAGGUUUGUCACAACCUCCUCCUUCUAUAUCGAACCUCCUGAGGAGAUGCUGUUUCCUGAUGAAGACAUGGAGAAAGGCAUUUGGUACGAUCUGAACUGGUCUCUCAAUCGUUCAUCAAUCACUCCCACCGGACGAUCAUUUCGAAACCUCAAGUUGAAAGAUCUUGAAGCCAAAGGAGGCAUGUCUAAACUGUAUGAUCCUGCAGUGCUGCCCUUCACGCAGCAGCUUGAAAAUGACAUCUUCAGUUACCUGUCGAACUCAGAGGUCUUGUAUGUGCAGGAUUGUGCUCUUGGCGCCCUUUCGACCAAUGAAAUCCCGGUUCGCAUUAUCACUGACAGCCCUGCUGCCGCUGCCAUGUUUGCAAAGUUGUGCUGUCCCACCCGCAAGAUCAAAUUGAGCGAUUACAGGGAGGAUGUAACUGUAUACUUGGCAUCAGAAACCAACCUGGGUCCUUUCCUCUCCGUAGACAAGCCAAACAGAAAGAUCCUGAUGGGUGGGACAAUUAAGGCCAAUGAGCUUGUCAAGAAGAUGGCAAGAUCUUCGGUGAACGCCUUCCUCGCUCGCAACAUCCUUCCUCUCUGGGGCUCAAUGGAAAACAACACACUCUACAUGGCACAUCCAGGUCCGCACGUUGGCGGCUUUUCUGGAUUCUCUUUUAGUUCUUCUGGUUUCUGUCGCCUGCUCAAUGCUGAGGUCCAGACCGAUGGCUCAAUUGUACCCAUGCCCAAGCAGCCCAACGCCAUGUCUUUGCCUAAGUCUAUCGUCAUGUUCGCUCAUGAUGAUACUGGCGCGAUUCCCGCAGCCACCAAGUUGACGCCAGACCAGGCGGGCUUCUACUAUAUCACAGCAUGUGCUCCAAGGAGUCUCUCUCAGUAUGUCGAAGCUGCUUCCCUCAUGAUGGAGUUCGCCAAAGUGUGCGAUGUCUACAUGGUUAACAGCGGGGCUUUUGUGAACGAGGAUGAUAUCGAGACCACGGCUCGAGCCAUCGUCGGCAAGACAGGGGGCUCCGCAGAUGCUCUUGGAUUGAAACCUAUCCCUGUCACCUGCAAGACAAAGUCGCCCUCGAGCGAGCAAGUAGAUACAGUUAGCAUUGCUCUUAACCAUAUGGUAUGUGCAGCGACAACACUCAGAUUUCAUGUUUAA